UUAUUGCUAUUAUUAUUCUUGGUAAGAGACCAAAUCAAUUACGUUUUUGGAGUCACAAUUGAAAAUUGGGUCUAAUGACAUAAGAUUUACCUGUUUUUAAGCUAGUAAAAUCUCUGGACAUAAAAUAAUUUUUACUUGGAUCACAUCUGUUUUUGUCACAUUUAAAGCAACCUCCCUCAAGUGGAUUGGUGUUUUGCGAGGUCAUAGGUUCAAAUUUAGAAGGUGCUAAAAUUACUUUGAGAUUUUUGGAUUUGCAGUACGAUGGAAUGAUGAAAUUUUUUGGAAAAUUCUUUUAAUUUAAGAUUAGAUUCCAAAAAUGUAGUUGUUUUUUGAUGAUGCAAUUUAGGUUGCGCCAGUGUGGGUUGAAAGUUGUUACAAAUGUGUUUAUAAUCAAGCCCUGAUUUUUUGCUUGGGUAAAUGUUUCCCUGGAAUAAUUGAAGCUAUAGAAAAUUGUUGUCAAUUAGGUUUACUGGAUAGCCUCGGUUCACCAAAUAACCUUGGUAUUCUUCACAUCUUUUGCUUAAAAAAAUCAUCUUGGGAGCAGUUCCUCCUCAAUCUUAAGGCAACCACAAUAGCAAGGCUUUAAAUACAUGUUGUGGAUGGGAACUGGAGAGGGGUGAGGUAUAAAUGACUCUCUGUUGGUUUGGAAUACACAUCAGUUCUAUUGAAACCAGGAAUGCCUUAGGCCUCAAAAGCCUCCCACCUUAGAAACUUUCACUCAAUAUGUCAGAUCUCUCUAUCCCACCAUUAUAUUUGAACUUGUAUUCUCUGACAGUCAUCUCAAUGUUUUAGAUGUCACUUCACAUCUAAUUGACCGGUUUUGAAAUCAGGCAAUUCCGUUGACCAUGAAUAGACUGAGUAAUAAUAUUGAGACUCUGCUUUUGAAAAAUGAUGGUUGUAAACUUAGAACCUGUGAUGGAAGCUAUCAGAUUGCAAGUAAAGGCACUGAAAGGCUGGGAUGCAAUGAAUUUACCUAAAGGGCACUCUUUCUAACAUAAGAAUACCUGUUUUUUAACCUAGGUUUCCUAAGCUUUUUGAAUACCUGGCUAAGAUGUCCUCAAAUGAUCGCUGCUUUGCAAAGGAUUUGGAUAAAGAUGGAAAUGGGUCCAAGCCUUUAUCAGAAGUACAAGGCUGGCUGAAAACGGUACCUGCACUCAACUUAGAGCCAGUAAAAUGCGGCAGCAUCAGUUUAGAUGAGCCAGUUGUUGAAGCUAUUGAGGAGGCAGUGCAACAAACUAAGAAAUUGAACCAGAAGGCCAAGACAGUGAAAGUACGUGUUCGCCCUUAUCUCCUGUUCAGGCCUUCUGAACAUCUAGGAGCCGUUCUUCCUGACAAUGAUGCAACUUUUGAGCUAUUUGAUAGAGUUGUUAAUGUCAAACUCAAUGCCGCUGUUCCAUUUGGUUUAAGAGGAACAAUAGUUGGCAUCCAUCAAGGUGAAGACCCAUCUUCUGUCCAGUAUGAAGUUGUUUUUGAUGAACCCUUUCUUGGUGGAGUACCACUAAGAUGCUCAUCCAACAAAGUGUACUUAAUGGGAGCUGCAUCACUUAUCAACAUCAGUUAUGGUGCUCGGUGUGAAGCAAAAAAGGUUGAAGAGAAGUCGGGAGGCAAAAGUCAACACCUAAGAGGGAGAGCUUCGUUUAGUCCCAACCUGGGUGCAUCACCUGAAUUGGACAAGAAAAGCAAGAACACAAAACUGUCAGCAGAUGUGAGGCUGAAUUCUCCAGGUCUGUACCUAUAUUGUGGCACCUUUUAAAAGAAUGAUAGUAUGAUAGUCAAUAUUUUGUUUGUUUGGCCUAUAUGUAUUCCUCAAAAACUAGGUCUGCAAUACAUACUUGUGGGCUUAUGCUUAGUUUUAUUCCAUUCAGUUGGAGAUCACUGGCAAGAUAAAGGUGUAGAAAUAGGUGAAUUAUGUAACAUCAUUUUUUUUUGGAUUUCUGGUAUCAGCAAACACAAGUAGUUACAGCUUUUAAGUGGGAAAUUUAUUGUAGGAUCCUGUUUGCUUACUUACUUUAUCCUCUAAUAAUAAUUAACCGCGCAGCCAUGGGCCGAGCGCGGUUCUAGGUUUAC